AUGAGCGCCUGGAUUGGCGUCGACACGUACAAAGAUUAUUUCAAUUCCCCCAAUUCCGACCUGCAGGGUGGAAUCACGGCAUCCAUGUCGGCAGGUUCAUUCGCUGGAUCCAUCGCAGCCGGUUGGCUAUCAGAUAUCCUCGGUCGUCGCUACGCUCUUCAGAUCGCCUCACUAAUCUGGAUUGUGGGCGCCAUGGUCCAGUGCAGUGCGCAAAAUGUAACGCACCUCGUCGCCGGUCGUGUCGUCAGUGGAUUGGCCGUCGGAAUCACCUCCUCGCAAGUAUGCGUUUAUCUCUCAGAACUGGCACCGGCCAAGAUCCGUGGUCGUGUGGUCGGUAUUCAGCAAUGGGCGAUCGAAUGGGGUAUUCUGAUCAUGUACUUGAUCGCCUAUGGCUGUGUGGUGGGUGUAUCCGGACCUGCCGCGUUCCGGAUUUGCUGGGGUGUGCAAGCUGUCCCAGGCCUGAUCCUCUUCAUCGCCUUGUUCUUUUUCCCCGAGUCGCCUCGCUGGCUUGCCUCGAAGGAACGUUGGGAGGAGGCUUUGGACACAUUGGCUACUAUCCAUGCCAAUGGGGAUCGUCAUGACCCGGUUGUGCAGGUUGAGUUCGAGGAGGUGCAAGAGGCCGUUCGUGUGGCUCAUGAGUCUCACGAUGUUUCCUUCUUGGCAUUGUUUGGUCCCCGCGUUUGGAAGCGGACAAUGUGUGGAAUGAGUGUGCAAAUGUGGCAGCAACUGCUGGGCGGUAAUGUUGCCAUGUAUUACGUUGUUUACAUCUUCGAGAUGGCUGGCAUGACCGGUAACACCACACUGUGGUCCUCUGCUAUUCAAUACGUGAUCUUCCUGGUGACCACUGGAGUCAUGCUUCCUUUCAUCGAUCGCGUGGGUCGCAGGAACCUGCUAUUGAUUGGAUCCGUCACUUGCAUGGUGGUGCACUUCAUCAUUGCCGGUGUCAUGGCAAGCCACGGCAGACCCGUCCCGGACGUGAAUGGAAAUGCCAACUUGACCUGGGAGAUCAAAGGCAGUGCCGGAAUGGCAGUUAUUGCGUUCUCAUACAUCUUCACUGGAAUCUACGGUCUCACCUGGGCUCCGACCGGAUGGAUCUACGCAUCUGAGGUUUUCCCUUUGAAGUACCGAGCCAAGGGUGUUGGUAUCUCUGCCGCGACCAACUGGAUUUUCAACUUCGCCUUGGCGUACUUCGUUGCCCCUGCCUUCCACAACAUCCAGUGGAAGACUUAUAUUAUCUUCGGAGUCUUCUGCUGCGUCAUGACUAUUCAUGUGUUCCUCAUGUACCCCGAGACUAAGGGCAGGUCGCUUGAGGAGAUCGACUUGGUCUUCGAUACUGAUGUGAAGCCAUGGCAAACUCACAAGAUUGGUGAUAUCUUCGGAGAAGAGAUUGAGCGUCGCAAGGAAGAAGGUCCCAAGAAAGAUGUUGCUGGUACCGAUCAUCAAGAGGUGGUGUAA